CCAAGUACAGAUGCACUCAUUGAGGCUGUUAGGACCGCGGCGGGCACCUUGCCAAGCGAAAAUUAGGAUGCGAGAAGCCCCAAAAGAGGAGAUUUUAAAAAAGAAAAACAGUUCACCACUUUGGGGUGAACGCACCUUGAGGGGGCUCUGGAAAAGACCCCCGCCUUCGUAGGCAGCCCUCUCCCUCAACGCUGUGAGAUCCGGGUCUCCCAGCCUCGGUUUCCCCAUUUGUAGAUCGGCAGAGAACUCGGAACAGGACGGGCUUCGUGGGAAUGCUCGGGGCUGAGAGUGGUAGUGAAGGGUCCCCCGCCGCAGUUGGAGGAGGGAAGGAAACUGAGAUCCAGAAAAAUCCGGUGACUGAUCCACAAGCCUGGCAGGACGUGGAGAGCACGGAGCCCUCCCUGGGGAAACCCCCUCUGCAGAAGCCGGAGACAAACGUUGCCUUGCAUGUCUCCAUGCCUGGCAGGAGGCCCCUCUGAGCCAGUGCCACCAAGGAAGCUGUGGUGGUCUCUUUACCAGGAUCUGCACUCUGUAGGAGGGCAGGACAAGGACGACGUCAGGGUGACCACCUUGUAGGCGAGGACCAGUAGGCAGCUCCCAAGAUGGGUGAAAGAAAAGGUGUAAACAAGUACUACCCUCCAGAUUUCAACCCUGAAAAGCAUGGCUCUCUCAACCGAUACCACAACAGCCACCCACUUCGGGAGCGGGCUCGGAAGCUGUCACAAGGCAUCCUUGUCAUCCGGUUCGAGAUGCCAUAUAACAUCUGGUGUGACGGCUGCAAGAACCACAUUGGCAUGGGUGUUCGCUACAACGCAGAGAAGAAGAAGGUUGGCAAUUACUACACAACCCCAAUCUACAGGUUCCGGAUGAAGUGCCAUCUCUGUGUCAAUUACAUCGAGAUGCAGACAGACCCAGCCAACUGUGACUACGUCAUUGUGAGUGGCGCCCAGCGCAAGGAGGAGCGGUGGGACAUGGAGGACAAUGAGCAGGUGCUGACCACAGAGCACGAGAAGAAACAGAAGCUGGAGACAGACGCCAUGUUCCGCCUGGAGCAUGGCGAGGCAGACCGAGGAGCACUCAAGAAGGCCCUGCCCACCCUGAGCCAUAUCCAGGAGGCCCAGAACGCCUGGAAGGACGACUUUGCACUCAAUAGCCUGCUGCGGAGAAGGUUCCGGGAAAAGAAGAAAGCCAUGCAGGAGGAGGAGGAGAAGGACCAGGCCCUGCAGGCCAAGGCCAGCCUGGCCAUCCCGCUGGUGCCGGAGACGGAAGACGACCGCAGGCUGGCCGCCCUGCUCAAGUUCCACACCCUGGACUCCUACGAGGACAGGCAGCGGCUCAAGCGGUCAGAGAUCAUCAGCCGCUCCUGGUUCCCCUCCGCCCCGGCUCCCGGCACCGGCAGCAGCAAAGCCAGCAGCGUCCUGAAGAAGCUGUCGCAGGGCCGCAGGGCCGCGCCCGCCAGCGCCCCGAUCACGGUGGGGAACCUGGGCAUCGUGCGGCGCCGCGCAUCCCGGGAUGCGCCUGUCCCCUCGGACAGCCCCGGGCCUGGGGAACCGAGAAGGGCCGCCCACGACACGCCUGCCUGCCCCCCAGCCUGCCCUCAGGGGACCCCUGGAGCCCAGGACAGCCCACAGGACGCACCCGCACCGGGCCCCUCCCCGAAGACAGCCGACCCCUCAGACGCGGUGCAGCCCGACGGCCGCGGCUCUUCGCUGGUGGCCGACUACUCGGACUCCGAGAGCGACUGAGGCCGCCCAGGCCUCGCCUUCCCGGGAUGGAGUUAUUUAUUUGGUCUUGGCAUUAAAGCCCUGU